CACAGAUUAUAACUGUGAUAACCUGAUUCCAAAUAUGAUGCUUGACAUGCUUCAAUGGGUAUUUGAAAAUGUGUUUUUACAAAAACAUGUGAAUAUAGAUUUAGGUGAAGUGAGUUAGGUGAGUACAACACAUCUUUCAUCCUGCAAGAGACAGAGGAAUAAAAGAACUUAAGGUGUACUGGAAGAAGGUGUACUUAGAUUUUGUUACUAAAAUAUCAUACAACAAGUAGAAAAAAUAAAAUCAUGCCACAUUAUAUGCUUAAAUAUGUCACUUGAUUUUAUUUCAUUUCAUUUCAUAUAGAUGUAUAUAGAUUGUAUAUAAAGCUACUCAAUAUAAAUCAUAAAUAUUUUUUUAUGUGGUAAUUAUCAAAGCGCUUAAUUGCUCAGUAUUUUAUUUGUUUUGAAGGACAAGAAGUAUUGUUAAAAUAGGUGCAUUCAAAACAAAAAAGAAAAAAAAAGUUCUGCCUGAAAUACUUUGAUAAUUGAACUUUCGCCAAGGGACUAAUCCAAACAACAACUGUUCUUUAUUGUUUCCCCAAGACUUCCACUUCAGGUUACUAGUUACAGGUUACUACUAGUUCCCUUUUAUACAUAGGUAGGCCAGGGAUUGCUGUACGUAGCCUGCUGCCAGACAAAGUCCUCGUGCACGUUUACUAACAUGACUUUGUUAUGACUGUUGGUGCUCUCCUAAUCUGUGUCUGAUCCCUUUUGUCUUGUCCUAUUAUUGCUGGAUCACUCUUUCUUGCAUCACUGUUCCCAGAAGCUGUGUCAUUGCAGUCAAACCAGAUCUGAUGAUAAGAAUUUUUGAUAGUUGCAAAAAUGAUUUCUCAAAGAUCUUACGUCUUUUAACGUUCAAAACCUAUUUCAAGUGUGUAUUUUUUUCCCCAAAGAUUUGAACUAUUCUCUCACUUUGCAUGCAAGUUCUUCAGGUUUGUCUGCAUUGUGAUUUCUCUAGCCUUUGAGAACAAUACUUAGCGAGAAUCUUCAGCAGCAAACCUGGCUGAGUCAACGGGAACUGAAAAAAAGCAUACAGAAGAUGCCUCAAAAUAAAAUGGAGAGCUCCCCGAGGCAUUGGGAGAAUGGACUGCGGCCACCUUGGAUAACAAAUGUGGCAGGAAGUCCAACCUCUUCGGGGGCGGAGUCGGACACGGAGAGCAGCAGCACAGAAAGCGAGAAGUCUUCUAAGAAAAAGCUGGAGGGGGGGUCGACACGAUUCUUGCCCGCUCCAUCAAUGCUCCAGCAGAGAAUUACAGAGAUUGAUCAGCAGAAGGAAGAACUCAAAAUUGAGUUACAGCUGGAAAUUGCUCUGCUGGAGGGAGAGCUGCAGACAGAGAAGCAUCAGCUGGCCACACACACGCAGAAGCUGCAGACGUUGCAGCAGGAGGCCAGACAGAAGGAGAGACACUCACUCUCUGAUAGACAAAGGGAGAGGGAGAGUCUGGAGAAGGAGAGGUCCAGAGUGGACGAGCUGAGGAGAACGUUGAAGGAAAAGCAGAAAAUGGUCCCUAAUCUCCCCGAGAGCCAGAGGGAACUACUAGCACUGCAGUUGCAACAGGAGAAGGAAGUGAUGGAAGCAGCAGCGAGGGCUUUUGAAGACUGGGAGUUUCGGGUUCUCGAACAAGAAAGCGGCAUUGAGGAGGAGGAUGCGAGCGCGGAAGACAAAGAGCAGGAUGAAGAGAGAAAAGCAGAGCUGGAGAAGGAAAUCUCGCAGCAGCAGGAGGUGGUCACCACAGCAAAGGAGCGAGUUGAGCAGUUAGAGAGCCAACUGAGGGAGAUGGAGAGAGAGAAGGAGAUGGAGCUGAAUGCGUUAAGGAAAGAAAGGAGCCAACUUGUCCAAACAACUCAGUCGGUUCUGAAGGAGAAGCCGCCGCUCACGGAUUGGUCGAGCAAGAGUUUGGGCCCAUGCAUGAAGUCACUGUCUCCUCUGACUUUUCACAAAGUCACACAGGAACCAUUUAGGGAGUCGCUGAGUUUACCCAGAAGACGAACCACACAUCGUAACCACAAAAUCAGCGAGCGCCCAUUGUCCACGCAAGGUUUUGUCAGGACACUUCCUUCCAGCAAAUCCCCGGAGAGUUUCACUUCCCCUCUUCUCAUGCACAGACUCAGCAACGGUCACAGCAGCGGGCACCGACCUGGCAGCAGCUACGCUGCCAGUCUACCUCCUCCAUCCAACAGCACCGCUGGCUCUCGAGCUGCCAGCCCGUGCAUGUUGGAUCUUGUUGAAAUUGAGAAGAAACUGAAAGAAGCCAAAGCGGAGCGAGAGCGUCUCCUCCGAGAGCGGGAGGAAAGGCAACGGUUGUUACUGGAGGAGAGAAGACUUCAAGAACUGAGCUUGUCUGUUAUUGAUCCCCCUGAGGAGCUGGCGCUGCACAAGCCAGAACCAAUGGAGUACCAGACUGUGGCACCCGCUCCAAACUCCCCCGAGACCGGCUUGCCGCUCUUUCUCUCACCCAACUUUGACCUGCGGGCCCAUGUGGAGUCGAUGGGGCAUGGUGUGAGCGGUUGUCAGGACCUGCGAUUGACACCUCGGCGCUGCGCAGGAUUUCUGACCAAGCGUGGAGGCCGAGUCAAGACGUGGAAAAAGAGAUGGUUCCUCUUCGACAUGGAUCACCGAAGACUUGCCUACUACACAGACUGUGAUGAGAGGAAGCUUAAAGGAGUCAUCUACUUCCAGGCAAUAGAGGAAGUGUACUACGACCAUCUACGUACAGCUGCAUCUUCACCUCGCCCCAGUCUGACGUUCUGUGUGAAGACGUACGACCGACUCUUCUUCCUGGUGGCCAACAGCGCCGUGUCUAUGAGGAUCUGGAUGGACGUCAUCGUCACGGCAACAGACGAACACAGCCGGUAUUGACGACCGGCUGGAGACGCCGGACAAACCCAGAGUAGGAAGCUGCUACUUUGACCACUUUGCGGUUCCCGUUGUGGCGCUGCUGAAUGUUUCAGGGGCCAGUUUGCACAUAUGAAGUCUGUUACUUGACUUUUCCAGGCGGACUCUUGUGACCGCACAACGGCAUUCCAGAUUUGAGUUCUAUUUUGCGUCAGUUCUCUUUAUUCGUAAAUCUAUGUUUGUUAAAUAAAGAGUGGUUGUAAACUGCAUUUUAUCUUAAAUUAUUUUUGUUUAUGGGUUUAAACAGGGAUGUUCUAUUAAACCUUUUUCUUUUUCA